AAUGGCGGAAAAGCGGCAAUCGUCGUCGUAGGUAGUGAAUCUCUUUGAGAUGCAAAAAUGUCGAAAAUGGAUCGCCAAUUGAAUUCUACAAAGGAUAAACAGACUAUAUACGAGAUAUAUAGAGCAUGUCGUUUGUGUGGAGCCGGUGCCGGCUAUAAAAUGCCUAUAAUACAAAAUGUAAUUGAUUUAGGUGACAGCGAAGUUGAGCUUCGACAAAAAGUCCGAGAAUGCGUGCAAAUUGAGGUGCACCAAGAUGAUAAGAUGCCCCCACUGAUCUGCGAGCUGUGUGUUGACAAAGUGAAUGACUUCUACGAGUUCCUAGAGAUGUGCCGGCAGACCAACAAACGGACAAGGUUGAGGCUUGGUCUACCUCCGCAGUCCAUGCCCAAAGGAGCUCCGGAUGCCGGUGAAUGUAUCCUGGGUCUGACGGAGCCGGUGUAUGUGAAUGAUGACUCAGAUGAUGGGGAGCCACUGUCCAAGCAAAAGAAGCCGACCAAAGUGAAGGUCAGGAGGGAGCCCGAGUUAAAAGUUAAGUUGGAGCAUACAAUAUUAGACGCGCGCACGACUCGAUUUACGCGCCGUGCGCCCACGCCGCCGCGGACCACGAGGCAGCGACAGAACUCGAAGGAAGACACUGGACCUUUGAACCGAGCCAAGGAUUCAAAAUCAAAAUCUCCGAAAGGGACACCCAAGUCUAUACUGAAGAGAGAAUCUCAGGAGUCGCAAGAAGAUGAUUCGUUACUGACACCCCGUCUGAAGAGGUCCAGGGACCGAGAGCCGGUCAAAUUGGAUACUCCGAUCAAAAAAGUCAAAAUCGCAAUAAAGCCGGCGUCGCCUCCGAAAUCGUCACCGAAAUCAUCUCCAAGGUUGUCGAAACCAGCCAAGCCUGCCAAGUUGCCCCCGAAGCGGCCGGUAUCUCCGCCUCGAUUGUACAAUUGUAUAGUUUGUGGGCAGAGCAAUAAAACUCCGCAGGCGAAUAGUAACCACCAGAGGUCGCAUACAGUGGGAUUUACAAAUCCUAAUUCCAGACAUUUCAGCAGUAACCAAUGUAUUCCGUUCCCCGAGAUGCCGGACGUCAAGUGCGACGUGUGCUGGCACCUGUUCGCCACCAACAAACUGUUCCGGGACCAUCGCUGUCUGGGCGAGGACAAUAGACCGGGCGGCAAAUGUUCGAAGUGUAACAGAAACUACGCGUUACUGAGGAACUUGAAGAAACAUGAACCUACAUGCACGGCGAGGAAGAAAGGUGAACUAAACGUAGAUCCGGAGUUACUGAAGCAGUUGCGACCGGUGCAGGUUCGAAUCUCGCGCUGUGACAGCUUACUCGUUAAUGUUAAAGACGGACAUUACGAUGUCUCCUAUGUUCCUUAUGAUUAUGGCCUCGACAAGAACUGCUACUAUCCAUACCUAACAGGACUGCGCAUCAAACGGGAACGGUACCUAGACCAUAUGGUAGAUAUACGAGAUGAUAUCAAAAACGAAUUCUACGCCGCUGAAGACUAUGUACACUGGGACUCUGAGAGUGAGAGCGAAGCAGAAUCCUGCUCUCUCAUUGUUCCUUCUCCGAAAGAGAAGAAAAUCGAUUCUCUAGCGAAUCUGUCUCUAAAGACACUGUUCUCCAGAAGAUGUUUAGGUAAAGUUCCAAAGAAGAGAAGAAAGGUUAAGCCAGAGAAGAACUUAUUUGAUUCUUUAUUAGCAGAAGAAGAUGAUGUUUCAAAAGAUAUCAAUAAUAUAAUUAAUAAUCUACAAGAUGAUGAUAACGAUAACGGAGAUAAUGAAUUUAACGAUAGUGUUAAAAGUAACGGUGAAGUGGUUAAUAGUAACGAUGGUGUUGAUAAUAACGAUAGUUUAGCUGUAAGUAAUGAGGAAAGUGAAUUUAGUGGCGAGUGCAAUGUUACAAGUUCAAAUUUGUCUAGUGUUAAUAGUAUAGAUAAUGUUAAUAACAGUACUAUUAAUGAUAUAAGUGUUAACGAUAACGGAGUCAAAGAUAACGAAUCGAAUACAAUUAGUGAUUUAGGUGAUAGUAAAAAUAAUGGAGUUUCGAAUGAUAAUAGUUCUUUAUCCAAUGAAGAUAGGGUUGAAGAUUGUGGGUCUAAAAAUGAUUUUGAGAAAGAUGGAGAUUCUAAUUCAAUUAAAGUCUUCAAUGAAAAUAGUCAGGAUUCUAGUUCUAUUGGCACAGCCAGUGAAAGUUUAUUGAACGAUUAUACACAAAAUGAUAUAUUAAGUGAGAAUGAAAAAGAAAACUAUAAAAAUAACGUCGAUAAUUCUCAAAAUAACGAUGAAAAUCAAUCACAAACCGAUAAUUCCAGUCUAGAUUCGAAAUUAACGGAGAAUGAAUCGAAUUUAACACAAGACAAAGAUGAAAACGAAAUCAGGGAUGAUGUUAACGAAAAUCGUUGUAUUGGAAAUAACGAUUCGACUAACACCGUUAGUGUUAUAGUCAGUAACGAUAAAGUCAAGCAUUCUGACGCUGACGAAGAUGAUAAGCUAAUGGCAGCUUUAGACGCUGAAAUUGGCGAAAAUAACGAGGUUUCCCGUGAUAAUAAUGGUAGUUUUAACGAUUUAAUGCAAGCUAAGGUUGAUACAGAUUUGAUUUCUGAAGAAUACAAUUUUGAUGCUUAAUAAAUCAUUUAAAUUGAUGGCUGGAAUCCAAAUACUGAAACGUCACUCAAUUAUAAGUCGCCCUUAACCUCUCGCGCGCCUCUCGUACACACAGGUAAAUAUUUUAAUAGAA